AUGCUCUCCGCCCGCCGUCUUUACGCUGUCGUUCGCUCGACGUCCGCCCGAAGAUGCUUGCACGCCUCGGCUGUGCGUCGGGCAAUCACCAACCUGGGCAUGCCCGCCAUGUCACCCACCAUGACCGAAGGGGGCAUUGCACAGUGGAAGAAGAAGGAGGGCGAGGCCUUCUCUGCAGGUGACGUGCUCCUCGAGAUUGAAACGGACAAGGCGACGAUCGACGUGGAGGCCCAGGAUGACGGUGUCAUGGGCAAAAUUUUUGCCCCAGACGGCACCAAGAACAUCCCCGUCGGAAAGGUCAUCGCGCUCCUCGCAGAGGAGGGCGACGACAUCUCUAACCUGCAGGCUCCAGCCGAGGAACCAGCGACUCCAAAGCCCGCUGCUGCACCUCCUCCGCCUGCGCCCACACCCGCCCCACCGCCCCCGGCCCCCACGCAAGCUGCCGCCCCUGCGUCCCCAACGGUCCAGCCAGAGUCCGAGCGCCCGCUCUUCCCUUCCGUCCUCCGCCUAUUGGAGGAGAACAAUAUCGCGAACGCGGACGCGAUUACAGGCACCGGCGUACGCGGGAUGCUCACCAAGGGCGACGUCCUCGCAUACCUCGGCCAGGCCAGUGGGCCGCUAGGCACCUUCAAGGAGGAGGAGGAGGCUAAGCCCACAUUCAAGCCGACUGCGACUGCGACUGCGACUGCGACCGCGACCGAGGCCGCGACCACGACUGCUACCGCACCCCCGCCGCAGAAAACGGAGGAACCGCAAGCGCUCGACGGCCCUGCUAUAAGGAGGUUGAUUGUUGGCAAUAUGUUGGCAGCAUCCUUGAAGGCGCGGGGACUCCCAGUCCCCCCUGCGGAUUUCGACUCCAUCAUUAGUGACUAUCUGCCUCCUGCGAAGCCUGCUCCAACUCCUGCUCCCUCUUCUAAGCAGUCUUAA